UCUGACAUGGCAGAAAAACCAACAUGUAUGCCUACAAAGAAACCUAAUGAUGAAGAAACACAAAAAGAAGAGAAUAUCCGUUGCUUAACCACACUUGGCCAUUUUGGUUUUGAAUGUUUGCCCUACCAGUUGGUAAACAGGGCUCUCCAUCAAGGAUUCUCUUUUAAUAUUCUCUGUGUGGGGGAGACUGGAAUUGGAAAGUCAACGCUGAUUGAAACAUUGUUUAAUACCCAUUUGAGAGAUAACAAAUCCUCACAUUUUUACCCAAAUGUUGGACUUAAAAUUCAGACACAUGAGCUGCAGGAGAGCAAUGUUCAAUUGAAAUUGACUGUUGUGAAAACAGUGGGAUAUGGAGAUCAAAUAAACAAAGAAGCCAGCUACCAACCAAUCGUUGACUACCUGGAUGCUCAGUUUGAGGCCUAUCUUCAAGAAGAACUGAAGAUUAAACGUUCCUUCUUUGAGUACCACGACUCUCGUGUCCAUGUGUGCCUUUACUUCAUUUCACCUACAGGACAUUCUCUGAAGUCCCUUGACAUAAUAACAAUGAAGAACAUUGACAGUAAGGUGAACAUUAUACCAUUGAUUGCCAAAGCAGAUACGAUUUCUAAGAGUGAUUUACCGAAGUUUAAGAGUAGGAUUAUGAGUGAGUUGAGCAGCAAUGGCAUCCAAAUAUACCGCUUCCCAACAGAUGAUGAAACUACUGCUCAGGUGAACUCCUCCAUGAAUGCGCUUCUGCCUUUCGCUGUGGUAGGGAGCAUGGAUGAGGUGAAAGUUGGGAAAAGGAUGGUCAGAGGCCGUGACUACCCCUGGGGAGUUUUGCAAGUGGAAAAUGAAAAUCACUGUGACUUUGUGAAGCUCCGGGAUAUGCUUCUUUCUACCAAUAUGGAAGACCUGAAAGAGCAGACGCACACUCAGCACUAUGAACGUUUCAGGUACUUCAAACUGCAGUCAAUGGGUUUCACUGAUGUGGGCCCGGACAACCAGCCAGUUAGCUUUCAGGAGAUCUAUGAAGCUAAAAGGCAAGAAUUCCAUAAUCAAUACCACAGAGAAGAAGACCAGCUGAAACAGAGGUUUAUGCAACGGGUGAGGGAGAAAGAAGCAACAUUUAAAGAAGCUGAGAAAGAGUUACAGGACAAGUUCGAGAACCUGAAGAGGAUUCAACAUGAGGAGAUGAUAAAGCUUGAAGAAGAGAAAAGACAACUGGAAGAAGACAUAGUAGAUUUUUAUAAAAUGAAGGCUACUUCUGAAACAUUUCAGCCGCCUGUGUGCACCAACAUAAAAAAGGACAAAGAUCGUAAGAAAUAG